AUGGGUCUGUCCGUGGCGGCGCAGGCACCGUCCGCGGAGCCCCGGCGGCCGCGCCAGUGGAGCGGCGCGGCGGGAGGCUGGCUCCGGAUCACGCUCAUCUCGUUCCUCGCCACUUUACCUGUGGAGCAGCUGCGCGCCUUCCCGUCCUCCCUCAGCGACUGCCAGACGCCGACCGGCUGGAACUGCUCCGGUUUCGAUGACCGGGACACGGACCUGUUCCUCUGCGACACCAACACGUGCAAGUUCGACGGCGAGUGUCUAAGAAUCGGGAACAUGGUGACGUGCAUUUGUGAUUUCAAGUGCAACAACGACUAUGCCCCGGUGUGUGGCUCCAACAAUCAGAACUACCAGAACGAGUGUUUCCUGCGCAGAGACGCCUGCAAGCAACAGUCUGAAGUGCUCAUCAUGUCAGAGGGAGCCUGUCCUGCUGAUGCCGGCUCAGGAUCAGGAGACGACGGAGGAGAGGGCUCAGCCGAGGCCGGACAGAAGGAGACGUCCACCUGUGACAUUUGCCAGUUCGGGGCUGAGUGCGACGUGGACGCAGAAGAUGUUUGGUGCGUGUGCAACAUCGACUGUUCCCACAUCAGCUUCAACCCGGUGUGCGCCUCAGACGGCCGCUCCUAUGACAACCCCUGCCAGGUGAAGGAGGCGUCCUGUCAGAAACAGGAGCGCAUCGAGGUCAAGUACCUGGGCCACUGCCAAGGUGACAUCAUAACGGGCAACAAAGGCGGGGAUGGACACUUUGCACGGACUGACCUCACAGAGAAAAAUGAGGAUGCGAGGAAUGGGCUGGCCCGCGGCCUGUACAUCCCCUGUCCGGAUCACUACAAAAACUACUGCGUCCAUGGAGAGUGUCAGUUUCCCAGCAUCCUGGCACAGCCCUCCUGCAGCUGUCAUUCGGGUUUUCGGGGCCCCCAGUGUGACAUCAAAGAGUACAACGUGUUCUAUGUGGUGCCCGGCUCCGGCAAACUGCACUACGUCCUUAUCGCCUCCAUCAUUGGAGCUCUCCAGGUGGUCAUCAUUUGUGUGGUGGUGCUCUGCAUUACCAGGAAGUGCCCACGGACCAACAGGAUCAACCGGCAGAAGCAGAACAAUGUCCACUUCAGCUCAGAGAACACCAUGCGCGCCUCCACUCGACUGAUCUGAGCUCCAGGCAAACAGCGGACAGUGUCCCCCCCCCCCCCUCCGCAGCACGGAGGGCUACGGCGUUCGAUGUUACUCCCCCUGUAGGCC